AAAGAAUGGAGAGAGAGAGAAAGAGAGAGAGAGCAAUCAUAACUAGAGUGUGGUAAAUCAGGAGCAUGGAUUUCUUAAGCCUGAUGUUGACCACCAUUAUUGUCAUUGGAAACAAAUCUUUACUUUUCUCAAUGCUUCUCCUUCCAAUAUAUCUUUUCGCUGUCUCCCUCCCCCCAAACUCUCCCCCACACACCUAUGCAAUAAUAGGUAGAAUUGUUGGAUAUCUUAGGACAUUCUUGAGAAUUUGGCAACCAAUGGAAACCUUGGGAUUCUUUAUUAAUUUAAUUCCUAUCAGAAUAUUGUAGCAAAGAGAUGCAUUUCUGUCCUGGAGGUGACUUCCAGCUGCAGUGUUUUCCUAUCUUUGUAUAGUACAGUGUCUGUCUAUCUUUGUGCAACUCUUAUUAUAUCUCAGAUACAGUACAGCAUGUCUGUGGGAGCAUAUGAGUAAAUAUGGAGGGACACAUUAAUGAAACACAGUUCUUCAUUUUGGGUCUGAUUUUCUAAAUAUAUAUCAAUGUCACAACUGAUGCAGAACAAACUGAUUUAAGAAGUCUUACUGUAUUUCCUAUCAUUCUACAGGUCUAGGUAUCUUAUAUUCUUAUAUGUAUUGCCAUGUUCUGUUUGCAGGUGUCUGUAUCUGUUGUUCCGUGCUUUUGUGUUGAUGUGUUUAGGUAAAGUGUAUUUUGCCCUCAAAGAGGAUUGAUAUCUCAAUAUAAGUCCUUUCAUGUUUUUUUAAAUUAAUUCCAGGUCUUAUAUGGGUUUUCAGCAAAUGAAUAUGAUAUUCAUGUCCAAAACCUGAGAAGUAUACUUCUCAUAAAGUUAAUGUUUCUUCCAUUUGUAGAGUGCUCAGUCUGUGCCUACAUAUUACUUUGAACUCGAGUUUUAGUAUUUGCUUUCAUAAUAAGAAAGCUACAGAUAAAAAUUAAGCCUACUGGAGACUUUUGAGAAAUGUGUUCAUAGCUCUUGUUUUUUCCUUCUAGAGGUAGUCAACUACUUCUCUUCUCAUCAAUGGCAAGAUGUUCCACACAAACACUUCCGCUUUCCACCCAGACACCUUUUUUCUCACAGGCAUCCCAGGAUUUGAGGGUUUCCAUGGCUGGAUCUCCCUACCUUUUUGCUCCAUUUACUUAAUGGCUCUGUUAGGCAAUGUUACAAUUUUGCUGAUCAUCUGGUCUAACCGUACUCUGCGGGAUCCUAUGUUCUACUUUCUAGCCAUCUUAUCAGCCAUAGAUCUGGCCCUCUCCACAUCGUCAGUGCCCCGAAUGCUGGGUAUCUUCUGGUUUGAUGCACAUGAAAUUGGUUUUGGAGCCUGCGUGGCUCAGAUGUUCCUGAUACACACCUUUACAGGAAUGGAGUCUGCUGUUCUGUUGGCCAUGGCUUUUGAUCGCUAUGUGGCUAUCUGUGUACCACUCCACUACACAACCACCCUGACACCCCGGGUGCUAGCAGGCAUUGGUGUGGGCAUUAUAAUGCGUCCUGUCCUGCUCAUGUUGCCCAUUCUAUACCUAACCCAUCGUCUGCCCUUUUGUGAGACUCGAAUUAUUGCGCAUUCCUACUGUGAGCACAUGGGCAUUGCCAAGUUGGCCUGUGCCAGCAUUCGAGUUAAUGCCAUUUACGGGCUUUUUGUGGCUUCUUUUCUUAUUUUGGACGUGGUACUUGUUGGAAUCUCUUAUGCCUACAUCCUCCGUGCAGUUUUCCUCCUCCCAUCUCGAGAUGCUCGUCACAAAGCCUUGAGCACAUGUGGGUCACAUGUUGGGGUCAUGUGUGUUUUCUAUACACCGUGUCUCUUCUCCUUCCUCACCCACCGGUUUGGCAAGAAAAUUCCCCAUUAUGUUCACAUCCUUGUUGCCAAUCUCUACGUUGUAUUCCCACCUGCCCUCAAUCCUAUUAUCUACGGUGUGAGGACAAAGCAGAUUCGUGAGCAUGUGAUCCAUGCUCUCACCUCCCAAUAGAGUCUCUUGUUUCCUUAGCUCUUGAAGGUGUGGAUAUAACUAAAGGAAGUUAAUUUUACUGUACUCUGGGUUGAUUAUUUUUUAAAUGCUCCUCUUAUCAAAAGAUCUUGAAGAUCCUAAAGUUACAAACUUUGGAGAAUGCUGUCUGUUCUUUAAUCUCAAUACCUUCUCUCCAUAUUGGUGUUGAAUGCAUAUUCUUCUGACCAUAGGGUUCCAUUACAGUAGGGCAAACAUCGCACUCAA